AACACAGUCCCCACUCGCUAAAUUGCAUCCACGCUGAAUCCUCGUCCUCUUUCCAAAAUGGUCCUGAAAAUCCACGGUGUCGCGCAGUCGACCUGCACUCGUCGCGUUGCUCUCAUUUGCAAGGAGAAAAACGUGCCGUACGAGAUUGUCCCUGUCAACUUCCAAACUGGGGAACACAAGAGCCCCGCGCACCUCGAAAAACAGCCUUUUGGACAAGUACCCUACAUCGACGAUGACGGGUUCAUCAUCUUUGAAUCUCGCGCUAUCAGUCGUUACAUCGCGACCAAAUAUGCAGACCAGGGCACGCCAGGGCUCAUCCCCACCGAUUUGAAGGCUGUUGCAAUCUUCGAACAGGCUGCCAGCAUCGAAGUGAACGACUUCGAGCCGUAUGCCGGUGGUAUCUGCCUCGAGAAGAUAUUCAAGCCCAAUCGUGGAGUCAAGACUGAUGAAGCGCGCGCGGCGGAACUCGCAGCAACGCUCGAGUCUAAGCUUGAAGGCUACGAAAGGAUCCUGAGCAAGCAGAGGUAUCUCGCCGGAGACAAUGUCACCUUGGCAGACCUGUUCCACUUGCCGUACGGCAACUCUAUCACCGUUUUGGGAUACGGGCACCUCAGCAAGACACCCAACGUCGCUAGAUGGUGGAAGGACAUCUCAUCCAGAGCGUCGUGGCAGUCCGUCAAAGACAGUGCAUGAUAAAGCGUCGCAUUGUAUAUCUUGGGACUUUAUAGAAGUAAAGCUUUGGACUUCUCGCCAGCACUCCCUUCGUCUGCUUCAUCAGUCUCAGGCCGGAGAAACCCCGUAAAAUAUCUGAAACUCUCGAUCUUUGUGAAUUGGACUGCUCAAGUAAUCUCUAACUACAGCUACGCUAUGGAAGUCGUCUCCGGUCCUAUGCUGUAGCAUAAUUAACGUAUUUCGUCACC